AUUUCCUUUGAUCAGAGUGUAGGCGAUUAAAGACAUUUAGAAACGAAGUUUGGUUACAGGUUUUCAAAAUAUCUGUUCAGGUCACAAACUGCAGUAACAGCAAGUUUAUGAUAACCUAGCAACGAUAGUCUCGAACUCCAAGUAUUGUCGCAUCUGGGAUUGAGAGUUUGUAACAUCAGCAGACGCCAUGUUGGAAGAAAGUAAUACUUGAAGUGUUGGUGUAAAUCGAACCCCUGGAAGCGAGUGUUAAUGACGCGUUUUCGUUGUGUUCACUGUUAUAUUUUGAGUAAUUAUUAUACUUGAAUUCGAGCAUUUUUUAACCAUGAAUCGUAGUGAAGGACUGGUGCAAAGACGAAACGUGUCACGAGAAAAUGGAGAAGGUGUGUCCAAAGAUUCUCUUGAUUCUGAUGACAAGAAGUCCACCGAGAGAGACGAAGACUUAGAAGAUGGAGAUUCGAAAGAAACUAGGCUAACUCUUAUGGAAGAGGUUCUUCUAUUAGGACUGAAAGACAAAGAGGGCUAUACAUCAUUUUGGAAUGACUGCAUAUCUAGUGGACUGCGUGGGUGUAUCCUUAUUGAGUUGGGAAUUCGUGGUCGCAUCGAAUUGGAAAAAGCUGGCAUGAGGCGUAAGAGUCUCCUAAAUCGCAAGUUACUUGUUAAAAGUGACACACCGACAGGAGAUGUUUUACUUGACGAGGCCCUGAAGCACAUGAAGGAUACAGAUCCACCAGAAACUGUACAAAGUUGGAUUGAAUAUCUUAGUGGUGAAACAUGGAACCCAUUGAAGUUAAGGUACCAGCUGAAGAAUGUACGCGAAAGAUUAGCUAAAAACCUGGUAGAGAAAGGUGUGCUUACAACAGAAAAGCAGAACUUCCUUUUGUUUGAUAUGACAACACAUCCUCUUACAGAUAAUGUUGCUAAGUCACGCCUGGUGAAAAAGGUCCAAGAUGCAGUGUUGGGGAAGUGGGUCAAUGAUCCUCAUCGCAUGGAUAAACGCUUACUGUCCCUGAUCUUCCUUGCACAUGCCUCAGACGUAUUAGAGAAUGCAUUUGCCCCACUCAAUGAUGAUGAUUAUGAACUUGCCAUGAAACGUGUCCGAGAACUCCUCGACUUGGACUUCGAGUCUGAAAGUAUGAAACCCAAUACAAAUGAAACUGUAUGGGCUGUAUUUGCUGUAUUCACCAAGUAAAAAUGCAGUUGGACUCAUGCAGAAUAUAAAUCAUGACUAUGAUGCUUAACUUCUCGAGCUUCAAUCCUAAAGCAGUGUGAUGAAUAACCAUUAUGCUUAAAAGUAUAUAGGCUUUGAAUAAUGGCAGGGGGAGGGUGUCUUUCUAGUAUAGACAUUUAUGUGUGAAAGAUUAAGACUGGGUUGGUGCUCAAGAAUUUGUAACUACAGCUUAUUGGCUGAUUUACCAAGAGGCAGAACCUUGAGACACCUCACAAAACAGUGUUGAUGCCUUUUAUACAGCACCACCUCUAUGAUUUAAAUGCUCAGGCCAUCACAAGAUGAAACUGAUGUAGCUGGACCAAUUAAGGAAUAGGUUACGUGUAUAUGAGAAUUUCAAGCAUAUUGUUAUAAACAUCAAUCAAAGACUGGGACAUACACAUGCAUACUGAAUAAUUUCAUCAGCUGCUGUGUGGUACAUAAGUUUCUGUUCCAUGUGUAUGGUUUUGGUUCUCCAGAUAUAGCCUUGGGGUGAGCCCCACAGAAAACAUCUCUUGCAGCUGUUAUGUUGCAGAGUUGCUGCGUCCGCUACAGCUGACUGCACAGAAAACACCGCUUCCGACAGCUCUUCUGUUGUUGCUUGAGUGUCUGUUUCAGCGAUCACAUGUUGGCUACUGACUGUUGCACAGCCAACGAAUGCUCGCUUAAUAGUGCUGUUGCGUGUUCACCGUGCUGUAACCUAGCAAAGGACGCUGCUUCUCCGAUUAAAUUAUUCUGGCUUUCAGUGGACAUGCCACAAUAUGAAUGAACAAAAAUAAAUUUAUAGGUGGAAAGGGAGAAGCCAUUAAUGCUGUCAUCUCUGUUCAUGGGACUUCAUUCAAUGGUCUCAGUGUAGUAAGUUCAACAUUGUGGUACUUCUUUUUAUUCAUUUAAAUGUAUACAUAUUCACAUAGUUAUUAUUUCUGGAAGCACAUCCAGUAUGAAAAUGACUGGUAUUGCACCCCACAUAUUUGACGCUGGAACAGUAACAACUUCAGACUAUAACAAAAUGCAUGAAAAAGUAGAAGUAACACUUCACAUGGAAUUACGUGAAUUAGAACAGCUUUGUUUGUAUAUAGCACCUGUGGCUGCCAUAGUGUUAUUGAUUAAGAAGUGUUAUAAAAUUUUACACUAUAAUUGGAGUAUAAAUAAUAAUAAUAAUUAUUAUUAUUAGCUUUUAUUAUUAUGAAAUAAAUAAAUUUGUAAAUAAACAUUAUUAUUAUAAUUUGAGGCUCCUGAUGGCAUAGCUGUUUUCUUUGCUUCAUUGCCAUUUGCAUUUCAAUUCUUACACAAUAAAAAGGAAAGCUAAAUGUAUUAUAUGGUAGUAUUAUUAUACAACCAUCAACACAAAAAAUUCAUAAUAAAUAACCAAUGUUAAUACUAUUAUCAUUCAUUUUAUUAUGUACAUUUGCUAUUUGUGCAAAUAGAACCUCAGAAUGGGAACAUCCACUACCUGAUAACAAGAAGGCCACUUCUGUAUAGGACAUGAUACAGCAUACACAGUAACUUAGCCACUGUCGCUAAAAUGGAAAUUAGAACUUAAUUUCAUAUACAUGCUGAAAAUCACCACAUACAAUGUGCACAAAGAAUUGAAGAACUACACAUAUUCCCUGAAAACCCAUUACUGUAUGAUACAUCAUCAUAGUCUUGUACCCCACAUUAAAUUAUAUAUUUUUUAAUUUAACUUUCAACCGAGUUGUAACAUUUUACAUUUUAAAACUAAUAUCCAAAAUAUAACAGAACACAAGUAUUUUAAUGAAAUUCAUAUUAAUGAUUACUAAUGUGGGUCCACAUUAGAAAUACACAGAAAUACAAUUCAUUAACGAAUAGUACAGUACACAAAAAAUUGCUUGAUGAUCCAGCUGGAUCAAAACAUAUAGAAAAUGUACAUAAUAAAACAAAUGGUAAUAUAAUAAUAUUGGUUAUUACAAAUUUGUUGUGUUGGUGGUUGUGUAAUGAUACCAUGUAUGUAUGAUACACAACAGGAUGCAAACAAUGAAGUCGAUGUACAGUAUAGUUUUCAGUUUAAUCAAUAUAAGUAUUGUUAAAUCCUAUUAUGUUAUAGAAGCUUAUGAUUUGUGAACUCAAGAGCACAUUGAAUGUGAAGGUAUAUGGCUAAAAAAAUGAGGUAAAAGACCCCAUUCAGUAACAUUCAGAGUAUGUUUCAUCUUCAGCUUGUUGACAUUUGAUGAAGAUCUCUGUGAACAGACAAAAAUACUAGGGAGGAAGUAAUAGUGAAUUUAUAUGUGAACACUCCAAGACUUGUAGCUGUAGUUGCAAAGAGUGAAGCUGUACAUUUUUGAUGAGAGAGAUGUGUGUGGUGGUAACAAUUCCUGCUGUAGUAUCAAGUUCUGAAGACUAACAUUAGAAUUUUUCAGUGUAUGAUUUCUCAGGACUGUCACCCUUCAUGAGGGCCGAAGCCGGUUGUUCUGGCACUCGUGGUAGGCCUACACAGAGACAGACAACCAAUGGAUGAACUAGAAGUUGAGGAUUUUGUGUAAAGGAUAAACCACAAAUAUCUUUCUUAUUGUGUGUGAUUCCAGUGAUGUUCUAUAAGAUUUAUGGUGGGGAUUAACCUUACUGUACACUAUGUGGGCUAUGAUAGUAUUUUAUGAUUCAGUGUAUAAAGCAGACUUCUUUGACAGGUUUGUACAGUGUGCUGCAUAUAGUUCAUCUAAUUCCACAGUAAAUAAAAUCGAAAUUUUUUAGGAA